AGUCUUCCCGUCCAGAGGCGGGCAGUAGAUAAUCUCCACAGAGCAGAAAACGGAUGUUGAAGGAACUAUGAAUGUCAAACUGUAGCAUGGUGAGCUGCUUUUUCAAGUAACCUACAGUAAAACAUGUCAGGGUACAGUUUAUUUAGGAUAGUCACGUUAUCAAAAUGCAUCACAACCAACGCUACAACGUCGCUGUGCAGGACGAACGCAUUAAACAGAAUACAGACAUGUGGAUAUGCGAAGAAAGUUGUGGCCAAGAAAGGUAAAGGCAUGGCGAAGGAUGAUCUGAAGGGUCCAGAGGUGUGUAGAGACCCUGUCAGACUAACUACUCAUGCAGUAGGGGCCAACAUCCUCAAGCAAGGAGAAGACCCCCAGCUGAAGCCUCCUGAGCAAUAUCCAGAGUGGUUGUUCCAGUUGAACCUGGGAACGCCCGAAAAGCUGCACGAGAUGGAGUCAGACACCUGGGAAUACUGGAAGCGUCUGAGGAAGGAGAACAUUUGGCGUUACAACAGGCUACACAAAGGGAAGAAGUUUUAGGCAUUCACUGGACUGACAGAGGGCUUCUUCCUGCAUAUCGUGUUGCUUCAGACUCUGUGGACUGAGUUACCUAACAUGCUGUAUGUUCAGAGGCAGAGUUCAGCUUCCUGAAUGAAACAUCAUUAGACCAACUGUUUGCCACUUCCAGCGUGUUAUUUGGAGUGAUGUAUCAUAUUCAAUGCCCCUCUUACCUGAAAGCUAUGAGAAAGCGCGUUGUUGGUUAUAUUAAAAACAGGUGGAACCAACUGCUUCUUCACCUGAGGCAAAAGACCCUGAGUCUUUGAAACGUUAUACAUCUGUUAUAAAGUGGAUCUCUGUGCUCCAGUGUGUUUUGGACCUGGUCUCUGAAGUCUCUUCUGUUACAAGAUUGCCCCGGACAGGCUUACUAUUCCUUGUGAAACAGUUGAAGCGUGUUUAACCUCCUUUCUUCAUUGUAUAAAACUACCUUUCUGAAGUUUGACAAAAUAAUCUCACCACAAGAUCCACUUGAUAGCGGUUGUGGAGUUUUCGAUCAUAUCACAAGAUUUUUGAAAUUUGAACUAUUUCAUGUCAACUAUAAAUACCAUUUUAUACAGUAUUUGGUUCAUGGAUAUUACAUUGUAUUUAAUUAAUUUGUACACAUGUUUGUUUUUUGUUUUUUUAAACCUAUUAUCAAAAGAUAAAUGGCCUGCUCAUAUUUCCACAAAUCAUGUUCACUAUUUUUUCUUUUUUUUUGCAUACUCAUUAUAAAUAAAUAGGAAUACAUAAAUA